AUGCUAUUCAAGACUCUUGUCGUUACCAGCCUCAUAGGCUCUGGAAUCGCCGCGCCUGGUAUGAUUUUCAAUUGCGCAGACAACAUGCAGGACGUUUGCAACAACAUGUGCUGGGGCGCUUACUGCACUAAGCCAUCAUUUGGAGCAACACUGAAGUAUGAUCGUUACGGAGGUACUGGCAAACGCGAUAGUGAUAUUGGAAAAGCUCGCCAAAGGUCGGCUGGCUGUCUUCCUAGGCCCAACCGUUGCAGCACUGACGGCGGCAAUCCGAGAGCUGGCGAGAACUGCGAUGAGUAUCCAUUCGCAAGCACUUCUGACGCCGACAAGGGUGGGCAAGUUACCAAGUGUGUCAUCAGCAGGCACAAUAGCCGCCAAGGUCGCAUUAUCCAACAGUACUACGGAAGCUCUUGCAAUAGUCAGCCAUGCACAUUCAUUAUCGGCUUCGGUAACCCGGCCGCAGCUGGCGUACAAUACUGCCAGGCUUACAGUAAUCCACACGGUAAAUGCAUCAACAACCAAAUUGCUAAGAUAUACAAAAACGGGGCUCCCGAUGUGCGUCCCACAACGAAGAAGCGCUCUGAGCUUGAACCUGUGGCCCAGUCUGCGCUGUUCCGGAUGUCCAGUGGCAUGGAAGUCUUGCUGCCAAUUGACACCUUGCUCAAUACCACAUUCGUUCACCCAACUGCUCGCAACAGCACUAUGAAGGCUUGGGUCGAAGACAAUGACGAGGAUGAAGAUCACAUCGAUUGGAUGUUUGUUGAGGACUUUGUCGCUACUAAACUUGACUGA